GUUGCAUUUUUUUGAAUAAAAAUGAGUAUUGUAACUAUGGUGGCAAAUGAAGUCAACAUUGAAUCUAAGAGUAAGCAAUGGCUUGAUGCACAUUAUAAUCCUGUUGCUUCCCUGUAUACAUUUGGAUCUUGCAUUGAAUUAGCUGACUUACAUGCUGAUGGAGAAUACAAGUUAAUUAUUGCUGAUUUGGGAACUGGUUCUUACAGCAUGAAAUUGAGGAUUUUUAAAGGUACUGCAAUUCUUUCUGAGAGUUCAAUUACUGAUCUUCCAACAGCUGUUGUAUCUUUUAAUAUGGAUUCAGUUGAGCCACGAACUCCUGCGAUUGCUGUUGCUUCAGGACCAUUUGUAUAUAUCUAUAAAAACUUGCGUCCUUAUUUCAAGUUUUCUCUCCCAUUAAUUGAGGUUAGUCCGAUGGAAAAUGAUAUAUGGAAUCAAGCUAAAGAAGACAAAAUUGAUGUGCAUGUUCUUCGAGAAAUGUUGUAUAAUUUGAGAGAAGAAAAUGGUGUUUCAGCACUUACUGUUCGUUCACUCAAAUUUUUACAGCUUCCACUAGAGGAAGCGGAAUCUUUUGCCGCCGUACAUAAAUUCGCACCUCUCAAGCGACAGUCUAUUAUAACUUGUAUGAAGUCACUAACGAAGAGUGCAAGUGAAGAGAUUGGCAUCAGUUGUCUUGUUGUAGCUUCGGAAAAUCAAGAUUUAUUCAUUCUUGACACAGAAGCUUUCACUAUUUUAGAAAAGAUGACUGUUUCAAGUGUUCCAGUAUUUCUUGCAGUUACUGGAUUGUUCGAUGUUGAUUACCGCAUUCUUAUAGCUUGUCGUAAUGCUAAAGUAUAUAGUCUCAAAAAAGGUCAAAGUGAAGCCAAGCUGUGUAUUGAAAUGCAGUCACCUAUUGUAGGAUUGGAAAGAGUUGGUAAAAAUAUAGCAUUGGCGUGUGUGGAUAACACAGUUACUUGUUUCUCUAAUAAGAGUAAAAAGUUAUGGACCAUUCAUCUUCCAGCACUUGUAACAACAAUAAGUGUACUGAAUCAUAAAGCUAGAGGGUAUCGAGCCUUGAUGGUAGCUUUAGAGAACUGUCAAGUGCAUAUUUAUAAAGAUAAAACUCUUUGUGAUAUAAUUAAUACACCUGAUGUUGUUACUGGGUUGAAAUUUGGAAGAUUUGGACGAGAGGAUGGAACUUUAGUAAUGACAACAAAAGGUGGUGGACUUAUUAUAAAAAUAUUAAAGCGAACAUCGAAUUUAGAAAAUACAAAUUUGUCAAAUGAAAAACGUAAUCCUGUCUUAACUACACUGAAUGUACCGCGAAAAACAAAAUUAUUUUUAGACCAGGCAUUGAGAGAACGAGAGGAUCCUAUAGGCAUGCAUCAAACGUUUCAAUCAGAACUAUUUAAAUUAAAACUGUCUACAGCUCGUCAUUAUGUUAAAACGUUAGAAACAAAGUUAAAUCCUUUAUCUUUUUCAAAGACUACCCCAAUAAAGUUUUCUGUUCAGGUUCAAGGCUUUGGACCAGGCUUCAAGCUACUGAUGUCUUUACAAAAUACAUCGACUUCUGUCGUCCCAAGAGAUUUAUUAAUCUCGUUUUUAACAGAUCUUAAAAUUUAUAAUAUAGCCAAUCCACUUAUUGAGGUUCCAAUUCUAAUACCUGGACUGCUUUAUAACUUUGAAACAUUUGUUGAAGCCAUAAGUGACAAAGGAAUAGCUGACAAAAUUAAGGUAUUUGUUCUGCGUCGUUAUGAACCUUCUCCAGUGGUGUGUGCAGUUAUAAAUAUGCCUGUCAGUGACGUCACUGAGAUUGCGUAACGUAAUUUGUUGCAUCAUACAUGAGCACGUUAAAGAAGCAAAAAUAUGAAUUUAUCAUAUAUUUAUCUAUGUAAAUAUGUCAUUAAAUAGUAUAAAGCUAAAUGUAAA